GCCGCGGGACUACAACUCCCAGGGCGCCGCGGGGCGCAGCGGGCAGGGCGCCGGUGGAGGGCGGGGGGUACGAACGGGAACCUCGGCGGUGCCGGGGGGAUGCUCAGGGGAGCCCUCAGGUGGGUGUGGAGCUGCUGCGGCGGGGGAUGAGCAGAGCGCGGCCCUCGGGUGUGUGCUGGCAGCUGGGCAAGGGGCACAGGGCUCCUGGGAGCCUGCAGGGGCUGCCGGGGGCAGAGGGAUAAAUUCCCACAUGAACGUGAGCACGGUCACUCCUUUCAUCCAGAAUUUGGGGGGCCCAGAAGUCGCUGCCUCCCUGAUUUUGGGGACGUUUUUCCUCAGUUUGUUCCUGAUCCUGGCCGUGGCUUCUUUCUUCUACCUCAAACGAGCCAAGAAACUGCCAAAGGUUUUCUACAGAAGGAACAAAGCAUCCGUCCUCCAGCCCAGUGAAACAGCAUCCAUGAUCCCCACUCCAGCUUCUUCAGUGCGGAAGCCGCGCUACGUCCGCCGAGAGCGCUCCCAGGGCCCGCCCGGGCCCGGCCCCGCCGACAGCCGGGUCAGCAACGUCUGAGCCCGGCCUGGGCCUGACCCGGGUCAGCAACGUCUGAGCCUGGCCUAGCCAGGCCUGACCCGGGUCAGCAACGUCUGAGCCCGGCCUGGGCCUGACCCGGGUCAGCGACGUCUGAGCCCGGCCUGGCCCGGGUCAGCGACGUCUGAGCCCGGCCUGGGCCUGACCCGGGUCAGCAACGUCUGAGCCCGGCCUGGCCCGGGUCAGCAACGUCUGAGCCCGGCCUAGCCCGGGUCAGCGACGUCUGAGCCCGGCCUAGCCCGGGUCAGCGACGUCUGAGCCCGGCCUAGCCCGGGUCAGCGACGUCUGAGCCCGGCCUAGCCCGGCCUGGCCCGGGUCAGCGACGUCUGAGCCCGGCCUAGCCCGGCCUGGCCCGGCCUUGGCCCGGCCUGGCCCGGGUGAGCAGGGAUGGGAAUGGGAACUUUUGCUUCUCCCUUUUUCCCAAAUUUAUUUUUUGUGGAAAAUGAGAACAAAACUCCCGGAUCUGCCUCCCCCGUGGAGGAUCCGCAUUCCCUGAGCUUCAAACCUUCCACGAAGGGAUUUGGGAUGGGGAGAAAGGAAUUUAUCCUGUGGAAUAAUCUCAUUUUUCUGGGAAUUUUGGGGCAGCUGGAGUUGCUUUUAUCUCCUUAAAAAAUCAACGAGAUUUUAGUGGAAUUUUCAGGGGUAAAACCCAAAUCAUGGAGAGGUUCCUGUGCCAAAAAACCCCCUGGAAUUCCAGAUUUUUCCUCUUUAUUAUGAUAAAUAAAUUUCUUUUCCUCCUGGCAAGGAAUUCCAGUUGAAACUCAUCCCAUUUUUUGGAGGAUUUGGGAAAUUCCAACUUGGAAUUUUGAUAAUUUCCAUUUUUUUGUGCUGCUGAGAUUUUAUUUUUCCCAGUAGAAAUCCUGGCUGGAGGUUUUAUCCUGGAAUUCAGAAUUCCUGAGGAUUUUCCAAAUUCCAAAAGGGGAAAAAAAAAGGAGGAACUAUGCAAAAAAUUCCCAGGAAUUGCACCUCCGGAGCCGGGAAUUUCUCAGUGUUAAUUCCUGUCCUGCUUAAUUGCUAAAAUUUAAUUUAUUGAAGGAUCAGCUCCUUUUUCUGUCUCUUCUCGUGUGGGAUUUGGUUUAAUUGUUGUCUAAAACUCGGGAGUUUGUGUGAUUAAAAUUCCGAUUUGUGUCAUUAAAAAUAGAAAAAUUAA